GGUGCGUUUGCUCUUGGUACGGUCGCUCGCUCUCCGAAUAACUGCAACCGCAAAGAGUGCCAGCUCGUGUCUGAGUGGGUUUGUGUGUGUGUGUGAGUGUUGUAGGUGCUCUCAUUUGACGCCGCACAGCUUCUCGCUAACGCUGACUACGCGGUUGACGUCGACGUUGACGCUCAACUUGAUUUCUUCCAAUCUUGACUGGGAAAUCGCAAUCGCAACAAUUGGAAUAGUAGUCGAAUUUGCGUGUGUAUUUCGAUAAGCAAGCAACCUCACCCCCCUUCCAAUUGAGACGCGGUGUCAAGUGCAGGGGCCGCAGCUCUCGCACUCGCUGCUGUCGCUGUCGCUGUUGCUGUUGCUGUCAGCAGCCAGAUUCACUCUCAGCCUCAGUCUCAGUCUCAGCUGGCGCCGGCGUCAGCGUCAGCGUGCGCGUUCCAUGACUUCCAACUCGACGUCCAGCGCCCAGCCGUGAUUAACUUUUACUGGUUUAGUCCGCUCGAUGACGCCGAACAUAACAGUAAUGCUCAGCAGCUGCUUGCACGGCGCGUGUGACUUUUAAAAAACCAAAAGAAAUCUGUUCUGUAUCCGUUGCCAUUUACCGUUUUUAAGUCGCGAGUGCAAAUCAGAUUCAAAUAGCGAUACCGAUCGCGAUACCGACACCGAUAGCGAUCACAAUUGCCCAUGCCGUCGCGUCACUUCGAGUGCACUGUUUAAUAAUUCAAAUCAAGUUAAUAAUUAUUAGAAACUCAUGAACGUUGGCAAGAUGCAAGCGCCUGGCCAGCAUCAGCAUCUGCUGCAUCCGGCCACUUCCGCUGCCCCGCCCCCCACCCAACAGCAUCACCUGCCCAUCGAUUACAGUUUGGGCAACUUUAAGCCCGCAAUUGCAGCUGACUUUCCCGGCGGCCCCUUUGUCGCCAGUCCGCAGCAGCAGCACUCCUCAUCCUCGUCGCCAUCAACCUCCACGUCAUCCGCCUCGCUGCAGGUGCGCGAUCUCAGCGCCUUGACCACAAUGGCCGCGAUUCCCUCGCCCACGCAGCUGUUGCACCAACGCAUGCAACCAGCCCAAAUCACUGUGGAUGCACAUCAUCAUCAUCAGCAACAAAUGCCGACGGCGGCAACUUCUCCACACGAUUACGCGCCCAUGUCCGCCUUCAAGGCGGUGCUGCCCAAGAAGCGAAGUGCCGACGAUACAGCGCUACCCUUUAGCAUAAGCAGAUUGGUCAAGACUGAACAACUGACGGCGAUUGCAGCCGCCGCAGGUUUGAAGCCGCCAGCGCUAGCCACACAUGGUGUCACCUUGGCGGAGGACAACAACAACUCCAUCUCGAUGCUGAGCAAGAAUCAUCAACAGCUGCAACAGCAGCAGCAACAGCAUUUACAGCGACCCAAACUGUUGCCCUACCUGAGUGCCAGCGAGCAACUGCGUCAAUCCAGAUCCAGAUCGAGAUCCAGAUCCCGCAGUGCCUCGCAUUGUUCCUCCCAGAUCGACAUGGAUGAUGCGGACAGCAGUCAUGAGCGAUAUUCCCGACACUCCCGUCGUUCCCUGCACUCGCGUUCUCGCUCCCGUUCCCGCUCCCGUUCGAGGUCGCAUUCGAGCAGCUCGUCCGUCGAACUGGAGGUGGAUUCACCGCCUGGCAGUCCCAGCAUUAGUUCGCCCAGUGCCGCCUCCUUGUCCGCCUCCGAACUCCUCAUCACCGCCAACAGCAACAGCAGCGCCAAGAAGUCCGAUCUCUUUUCAGUCUCUGCUCUGCUGCGUCGCGAUGAGCCGACGUCGCGUCGUGCUCGGAGUCCUCCUCUUGGUCUAGCCGGCGCCUCGAGUGCGGCCCUGGCACUGCACACCAAUUCGCUGGAGGCUAUGCGACAGAGCUACCCGCCCAACUACGAUCCUACCAUGUUCCAGCGUCCCAUCUUCUCCCCAGCGCUGCCCUUCUUCGCCGCCUUUGCCUUUCACCAGGGACAGCAGCAGCAACAACAACAAUCCGGACUUGGAGCAAGUUAUCAUCCGGAUUCACAGGAAAAUCUCUUCCGGCUGCGCAGCCUGAUGGUGCCACUCCAAUCUGCUGGCCAGAAUGGCAACACAGCGGCUGCAGCUGCGGCAGCGGCAGCAGCGGCCGUCGGUGUGGGCGUUGGAGUGGGCGUGGGCGUGCCACCCGGUGCCGGACAUUUGGGUUUGCCGCAUCCCCCGCAUCUGCAUUUUCAUCACAUGGCCGCCAAGUGGCCGGGCCUGCAUCAAUUUAGCGACCUGUACUCGUGCAUGAAGUGCGAGAAAAUGUUUUCCACGCCACACGGACUCGAGGUGCACUCCCGACGCACCCAUCAUGGAAAGAAGCCCUACGCCUGCGAGCUGUGCAACAAGACCUUUGGCCAUGAGGUCAGCCUCAGUCAGCACAGGGCCGUACACAAUGUGGAAAAGGUCUUUGAGUGCAAACAGUGCGGCAAACGCUUCAAGCGCUCCAGCACCCUCUCCACCCAUCUGCUCAUCCACAGCGACACGAGGCCUUAUCCCUGCAGCUACUGCGGCAAGCGAUUCCAUCAAAAGAGUGAUAUGAAGAAGCACACCUACAUUCACACCGGUGAGAAACCACACAAGUGUCAGGUGUGCGGCAAGGCUUUUAGCCAGAGCUCCAACCUAAUAACACACUCCCGCAAGCAUACCGGCUACAAGCCCUUCUCCUGCAAGCUCUGCCACAAGUCCUUCCAACGCAAGGUGGAUCUGCGACGCCACAAGGAGACACAACACACGGAUCUGCGUGUCCACCUGGGAAAGGUGGACUUCAUGUCUGCCGCAGCGGCAGCAGCAGCCGCUGCAGAGAUGAGCGGGGGAGCAGGUGGUGCAGGGAUGGGACUCCCCACUGGCAAUGCGGCACCACAGGCGACAGCGGCACCACAAGCACCUGCCACGCCGGUGAAUCCCCUGAAUUGCCAGAAGGUAUCACUGCUGGCAUAACAACAGCAACUAGUUCCAGUUCCAGUCCCAAUCCCAUCCACUCGGAAUCCAUGUGCAAUAGCAGUUGAGUCAAAUUCUCGAACUGUACUUCCAUUUGCCGCCUCACGUUGAUAUUGCAGUUGCAAUUACAAUUGUAAUUGAAAUAAAUGCAAUUUGAAUAGUUUAAACUUUAAACCGAACAAUUUCCAUCGUUGCCAAAAAAAAAAAAUAUCAAGAAAAAAAUCUUACAAAGAAAUUUACUAAACUGCAUAGGAAAUACCAAAGAAAACAAAUACUAAAUGAUACCAAAACUUAAAGAAAUCCCUAAUUCUCAGCAAACUAGCAACAACAAUACACACGAAAAGAAUUUGUUUAACUGUAAAUUAUUUAGUAAUAAUAUUUGUAUGUGUGUGUGUGAGUGUGUGUGUUUUUUGUAUGAUUGUAUUUCUAUUAAAUAUAUACAUAUACAUAUAUAUAUAACAGCUAAGAUGCUACCACAUUCAAUACGUCUAAAAGUUAUCAAA